UGUCCCUAUCUACUAGUUCGGUUUUAACCGUCGCAGUGAACGGACGUGUGUCGGUGUGCGGUACAUCAAAGGGAUUUCAAAUUUUGGCAAUAACUUUGGCAAUUCGCGAUAGUUUUUUGCAAAUUUGGUCUCUACGGAAGCGGGGUCACCCCCGACGCACUCUGUCAAAGUUUCGGAGAAAUCCGAGUAGCGGUUCCAAAGUUAUUGAGCUUUUCCGAUAUACGUACUAUAACGACGUGUUGUGAAGUUCAAGUGCUUUCAGGAGUUUUAAUUUAAUAUCUCAGGUGUUAAAUCAAGUACGUUUUCGAUUCAAAGGCCAUUGGAUAGAGGACACAUCAGCGCAUCUUUCAAGGUACGUCACCAAGCGUGGAGCUUUCCACGGCCUGAGUAACGAGCGGCGAAAGUCGGUAAGUCAAGAUAUUUAGCUUGCUUUGGGGUCAAAGUAGGUCAAGACCUAACUUUGUAACGGGGCGGGCUAGAAGUCUGAUUCAAACUUGCCUGAGCUUAUCUAAGUUAGCAGUAAGAGCAUAGGCCAUUUUCGUUAGGCUAAAGUUAAAACUUUCAAGCUUUUACGGAAAAUUCUAAUUGGCGGCACAUCAAAGAGCAGACAGCCAGACGCCGGCACCAAAGCGUAAAAUUUCGAACUUUUGAACGAUUGGUGCUAGGAGACUGGUUCAACUUCGAGCGGAUAGGUCUUAUCGGGACUUAAACUUUGGUGGUUGUUACAAGUCUCUAAGUCAAAAAUUAAAGCUCUGGGGUAGAUAUAAAGUUCGGCGGCAACAUCAAAGGGAGUUUACGGUCACACGGUCGGUAUACCAGCCACGUGCCACGUAUUUCAGCAGGGGGCAAACCUAACUUUGGAUCCAUUAGACUUAGGACUUUGGUUCAAAGGGCAUUGGACUCAGGGUUGCACAACGAGGAAGUACAAACUUGAACGGAGGUCGUAGGACAUUUACAACGCCUUUUAGGGCUAUCAACGGCUUAGGCGGCAUACAUCAAAGACAGGAUACCGGCGUGAAGGCCGCAUUCCUGCCACGUGCCACGUUUUUCAGCAGGGGGCAAAGUCAACUUUUGAUCCGUUAGACUUAGGACUUCGGUUCAAAGGGCAUUGGACUCAGGGUUGCACAACGAGGGAGUACAAACUUGAACGGAGGUUGUAGGACAUUUACAAGGCCUUUUAGGGCUGCCAACGGCCCAGGCGGCAAACAUCAAAGACAGAAUACCGGUGCGAAGGCCGCAUUCCUGCCACGUGCCGUAUUUCAGCAGGGUGCCUAGACCUAACUUCUGAACCAUUGGACUUAGAGCUUAGGUUCAAACGCCACUGGAUCAGGGAGUCGAAGCUAAGAUCGUACAAAAUUGAACGAAAGUUGUAAGUCAAUUAUUAGAGCUUUUAGAAAUUUAACAAGUUUGGCGGCACACAUCAAAGGGAUUACAAGGUUAACCGCCACAACAACAGCAGGAGUUAAAACCUAACUAUUGAACUACGGGGCCUAGAGCUCUGAUUCAAAGGUUGACUAACGCGGGAGACAAUUCUAAGACAGCAUAAACUUGAACCAAAGCUGUAGGACAAUUAUUAAAGCUUUUAGAACUUUCACAAGAAAGUCGGCAAACAUCAAAGCAGAAAGCGGCGGCGUGCUGAGCCGCCAACAGGACGGACCCUGUAACUUUUGAACCGUUGGACUCAGAGUCCUGGUCCAAAGGUUAAAAACCUCAGGACGACACCAGAAGAAGAUACAAACUUGAACGAAAGUUGUAAGUUGAAUAACAGAGCUUUUAGUCAUCUGAUAUAAAAGGCGGCAAACAUCAAAGGGAAAACUUACUACGUGAACAGUGGGCAAAAUCCUAACUUUUGAUCUAUAAGACUUAGAGUUCUCGUUCAAAGGGCACUAGGCUGGGGAGCUUCCCCUGGUGCUUCACAAACUUGAACUGAAGUUCUAGCUCAAAAAUUGGAGCUUUUAACCAUAGUCACCGUAAAGGCAAUAUAGGGCAGACAUGAGUCAAUGGAAAGCUUCAGGGACGGCUGGCAGGCCUCCCUACAAAGACUACCGGAACAGAGGUAUAAGCACUGGUUCCAUAAGCACAAUAAGCUCAUCCUCAAGCUCUCAAGAGCCGGUAGAGCUUAGACCAAGCAAGUUCUACAACAAAGACUAUGCAGACAUUGAGAGAAGGGAAAACAUCUCGAAAAUAAUGGAACAAAACGAGCAAAUCAGCAAGAAAAAUAAAGAAAAGGAGGUCAAGAAAGGCAACUUUUUAGAAUCGGCAAACACUUUUGUCAAGAGCUUUUCACAACAAGCAAGCAGCAACAGCAAAGAGGAAGCCAUAAGAGACUGGGAACAAAGACAACAGAGGAAAAAUCAGGAAAAAGGCCUAUUUGAAAAAAUGGACCAAAGGGGCUAUUACAGAGGAUUUAAUCAAUAUGGUGGAUGGGCAAAGGAGCCCAAACCCAAGGAGAUCAUCAGAACAAUUUACUUACCAGCAAGAGGCUCAGAACAAAAAGGAAGGGAAAGCAGAGCAUCCACAGAUCUGCCUCCAUACAGGGAGAAAAGAGGAAGACUAUAUCCGGUAUGCCCAUCACCGGACACGGAAGAUGAAUUACAGAAGUUGAAUAACUGGAUAGAAUAUGAAAAGGGAGGAGCGGAGUACUCGGUGGACAAACCAAGGGCAUUGCAGAAGAGAAGAACAUCUACAUUGCGAUCUAGUUCGCUAGGAAUGGGAACACUAUUCGAAGGUUAUGAAGACGACGAUUCGUACAUAGACUCGGAUGAAAUAAAUCUAGCGGCUAUGUGCAGCGAAUAUGAUGGAGAUUAUAGUACAGGCGAGGAGGAAAUAGACAACAAGAUUGACAGCGAUAUAAGUGAGGCAGAAGCUGCGUGCAGACUAACAAGAAGAUUUCAUUUAACACCCCCUAUAGGAAGGAGGUGCCCUAAACAAUCAAUCAGCAAGAAUCAACAAGGAGAAAGACAACGAAAUAGUGAAGCAAAGCCAGUCUCGAAAACAGUUUUGAGAUUAAGAGGAGGAGCUAAAAGCAGUAGCAGUGAAAUGGACGUCACAAUUGAGUCAGCAACGAAUAACCCGGAAGGAGGAAGAACUUCCGAACGUAUAACUAACAAAAGAAAUUUGGGUCACUCGCCAACAGAGGAAGGACAAACAACACCAACAAACCCUAAUAAGGUACGCAAAGAACAAUCAGUCACACCAGGAACCCCGAAAAAUGAUCUGGAGAAAACAAGCUUCUAUCAAAGAAGAGCAAGAGAACUAACAAUGUACUUCGAAAAGUUCAAAUCGACAACCAAGAAAAAGUUGACAACAACGAACAAUUCGGAACUGGACAAAGGAGUUGCACUUCUGAACGAUCUAGUAACGGAAUUGUGCUUGGAGAAUAUGCAUCACGUAGGAAGAUAUACUGAAUUGAAGAGGAUGUACGAUGAAUUAGAGGAAAGCAAAAGGAGGGUGGAGUUCGUUUCACCACUCCCAGUGGCGAACCCCAGAAGAGUACGAAAUUUAGAAGAGAAUUUGACAACUGACACUGAAGCAGAGACAAUAAAGAAAAGAAGAAAACCAAAGAAAAAGAAAAAGAGAACCACAGCAGUUACUGAUGGUGAGGGUUCAACCUCGGCAGGAAGAUCACAAGCUCACAUUACAGAUACUGAUGUUGCAACCUCGGGAACCGAGAGAUCUAGGCCAAAGUCGCUAACAUCAAGCAGCAGGAAAAAGAAGGAAAAAGAGAUGGAGAUACUCGAAAAAUGCAGAGAUCAGGCAGCACCAGUAAAGUUCAUAGUAACAACAGGAGACAAAACGACAGAAGAGACAAAGAAACUCUUGUGGACACAAGUAGUCUCGAAGAACAAAGCACCUAAAAUAAAGGACUCUAUAGUGCUAACCGGUGGGGAUCUAAUGAUCACUCCAGCAGAUGAUGAUACUAGAGCAGCAAUAGAAUCACUAGCAAAAGAAGGAUUUGGUAUCCAAAAAACCGGAGCAUGGCUACCAAAAGUAAUAAUCUAUGAUGUUGAGAAGGACAUUAGACCAGAUGAAUUAGCAAAAGCAAUCAUCGAGCAAAAUCCAGAGCUUGAACUCGAGCUAAAAGACAGCGACAAAAUACAGCCAAAAUUUAAAAGAGGUCCCAAGGACAAAGAUAUAGUUCAUUGGGUCUGCGAAAUAAGACCAGAGAUAUUCAAAAAAGUUAUCAAUAGAAGCGUUUACAUAGGAUACUCGGCUUGUAAGGUAAAGGAAUUCUUAGAUGUUUCGAUAUGCUACAGGUGCCAGAAGUACGGACACAUUGCAUCCAAGUGCAAGGCCAUCGAGAUGGUCUGCUCAUAUUGUGCUGAACUAGGACAUAAAGUCGAAGACUGCAAAAAUAAGGACAAACCACCCAAGUGUGCCAACUGCGGAGAGGCAUACACAUCUCAUCACAAAGCUUGUCCGAUGAAGACUUCGAAGAUAAGGAUAAACGUCCGUAAUACAGAUUAUGGUCAACAGAAAUGAGCAAAUACAUAAUAAGAAUAGCGCAGGUAAACACGGCUAGAACUGCAACAGCAAAUGAGGACCUCUUAAUAUAUGCCCAAAGGGAACGUAUAGAUGUAGCACUAAUGCAGGAAC